AAACCCUACAAAUGUGCUGUGUGUGAAAAGGGCUUCAGACUGAGUUCACAGCUUCAUGCCCAUCAGCAAAUCCACACUGUAGAGAAGCCAUACAAAUGUGAGGCAUGUGGUACGGGCUUUACUCAUAGUUCACAUCUUCAAGAACAUCAACAAGUCCACACUGGAGACAAACCCUACAGGUGUUCUGUGUGUAGUAAGAGCUUUAGUCAGACCUCAAGUCUUCAAGCCCAUCAGCGAAUCCACACGGGAGAGAAACCCUACAAAUGCACUGUGUGUGAUAAGAGCUUUAGUCAGAAAUCACAUUUGCAAGUUCAUCAGCGAGUCCACACUGGAGAGAAACCCUACAAAUGUACUGUGUGUGGGAAAGGCUUCAUGUGGAGCUCAUAUCUUCAUGUUCACGAGAGGAUCCACACAGAAGAGAAACCUUACAAAUGUGGGGUGUGUGGAAAGAGCUUCAGUCAGAGUUCACACCUUCAAGCCCAUCAGCGAAUCCACACUGGAGAGAAACCCUACCAAUGUGCUGUGUGUGGUAAGAGCUUCAGUCGGAGUUCACAUCUUCAAGGCCAUCAGCGAUUCCACACAGGAGAGAAGCCCUACAGUUGUGCUGUGUGUGGUAAGAGCUUUAGUCAGACCUCAAGUCUUCAAUACCAUCAACGUGUCCACACUGGCGAGAAACCCUACAAAUGUGAACAGUGUGGUAAAGGCUUCAUGGUGAUCUCAAGUCUUCAUGUUCAUCAGAGGAUCCACACAGGAGAGAAACCCUACAAAUGUAGCGUGUGUGGGAAGAGCUUCAGUCAGACCUCAAGUCUCCAGACUCAUCAGCGAGUCCACACAGGAGAGAAACCCUACAAAUGUGCUGUGUGUGUGAAGAGCUUCAGUCGGAGUUCAUAUCUUCAGUCCCAUCAGCGAGUCCACACUGGAGAGAAACACUACAAAUGUACUGUGUGUGGUAAGAGCUUCAACCAUACCUCAAGUCUUCGAGACCAUCAGCGAAUCCACACUGUUGAGAAACCCUACAAAUGUUAAGAGUGUGGGAGAGGCUUCAUGUAGAGCCUGUACCUUCAGGCUCAUCAGAGGAUCCACACAGGAGAGAAUCCCUAUAAAUGUUACCUGUGAGGCAAGACCUUCAGUCUCACUAAGUCUCAUCUUCAAGCUCAUAAAAAUGUGAGACAUGCCAUAGGGCUUUAAUCACAGUUCACUUCUUCAAGAACAUCAAUGAGUCCACACAAAAGACAAACCCUACAAAUGUGCUGGCUGUGGUAAGAGUUUCCAGUCAGACCGCAGUCUCCAAACUCAUCAGCAAAUCCACACUACAGAGGAACCCUACAAAUGUGCCGUGUGUGCUAAGAGGUUCCAUCAGACUUCACUUCUGCAAGUUCAUCAGUGAGUUCACUAUAGAGAGAAACCCUACAAAUGUGCUG